UCUUGUUUAUUGCUUUCUGUUCGCGGCAUCUAACAGCGUAACAGUACAACUGUCAAAGCAUCAGGAGGGAAAGAUGACAAGCAGCUGCCAUAGCUAAUUCGCAAAAAGUCAAUUUGGUGAAAGUGUUUCUGUUUAUUAUCCAGAAAAGUUCUCAAAAUUUGUUUCAUAUUUCAAGUAUUUAUACAAUUUCUAUAGUUAGUGGUAUUAUAGUCUAUAAAACAAAAGGAAAAUAGGGGAUAUCAAGUGAUUACUAAUUAGUUUAUGAAAUGCAAAGCGCUACAGUGAAAGAAAAAUCGCUAUUAUACGUAAAUAUAUACGCAGAUAAAUCACUGAGUGUGUAGUGAAGAUUUUGAUGACGAGUGUGAAAGAGCAACAGCUGAAAAAUUAAAUAAGCGAUUUUAUCAUUUGUGUGGUGGCGAAAUCGGAUAUUGUUCUUUAAAUUGGUUGCAGAGUGGUGCUUUUGAUUAAGUGCAAAUAGGAUAAUCAUCCAAAAUGCGUUCCACCAUAGAAUUUGAGGAGUGUCUUAAGGAUUCACCCCGCUUUAGAUAGAACAACAAAAGAUAGAAGAGAGUCUUUUGUGUACUGCUCAAAAGUAAGCAAUUACGUACUUAUUCAUACGCAAAGAUAUGCCAAAGCAUGCAUUUUGUUGUUAUUGUUCGUCGCUUUGCAUGUUAGAAAAUUUGCAUGCCAAAUACCAGCUGCUGGGUCAUCGAUGCCACUACCAAUGCCACCGAUGCCAAUUGCCAUUCAUUGCCGUCUGAAACUGAGUAACGCUUAAUCAUCACGAAUUCCAACAAAACAAAUAAGGAAUCAUCGAGCAAAAAGCAAAAUAUGCAUAUGAGUAUAUAUUGUAUAAUUAUGUCGUAUGUAUAUGUGUAAACAUGCAAUCGUGAAAUGUUGAUAAAACACAAUUCAAUAGCGCGAAACACCACUUUAUGAGAAUUGGAUAGUAUAGGGUUAUUAAAAGUAUUUUGUUUUAGGUUUUCAUUGAUGUAUUGAAAGUGAAUCGAUAAAUAUUAGAUAAGUAUACAACACGAAAAGCUUGCAUAAUACAAUGUUAAUAAUUGUAGAGAAUUAAAUCGUCAACUAUGUAUGUAUGUAUAUCUGAAAAUAAAUUAAAGGUAAGUUUUCAGAAUAAUCACGCAUAAUUAAUUCAUUAUAUUUAGAUACAUUAUCUAUAUAUAUAUCUCAUGUAUGUAUGUGCCGAUAAUGUAAAAAAAAUGAUUUUAUUUAUCAAAAGUUUUGUGCGAAAUUUUCUCUUUUUAUUCUCAUUAUUUAUUAUUAUAUUCGUAAAAAUGUUCAUGAUAUGAUAACACUAAUUGUACGUAUGUAUGUAUCAAUUUGUUAAAAUAACUUUUUAAUAGUGAAAUGUUUAAUGUCGGGGGGAAAUCUUGAAAUUCUGAGUAUAUUUCAUUAUGAAUAUUUUGUCCUAACGGCUACAACCAAACAUGAUAUGUAUUACAAAAAUUAAUAAAAAUAAGUAAAAUUUAUGGCGUAAAGUUUAAUUUAUAAAUAUAGAUAGGCUCACUAAAUGCAUUAUUUUGGCAGUCUAAAAGUGAUGUUGACUAAAUUAAUUUCUAAUUCAAAUUGAAUUUUUAAGUUCUCUAUAUAUACCCAGAUUAUACCUUGUAACCUAUUAUUCUUUUGUAUAAUUUGAUUCAACUUCAAUUAUGUUGAAGUAACUAAUUUAACUGGGAAGUUUCAAGGAGAAGUGGUACUCUUGCAAAAAUGGUAAUGUCAGAAUCUACGCUAUUUUUCAGAUCGCUACAGUUACCCAAUCGUUUACCUUUCGCAACGUCUCUCACUAAGCAUUUACAGCAAACAUUGUCCGUUGCAGAUUAAAUUUGGAAAACCCAUGUUUUUCCCAUGAGGAAUUUUAUGUUGCAUGCUCAUAUGUGGUAAAACCAUCACUAAACUAAAUUAACGUGCUAAACUAAAUUAAAAUUUAAAUAAACAAUUAUCAGCCCUACAUAUCCCAUAUAUGUAUAUAAUUUAAUUGUACGUGUUAUCAACUCACAACUUUCUGAUGUACUCAUCUGUAAAAAAUUUAAAUAUGGAUAGAUAGUGAUGGAUAUGGAUUAAUAAAAAAUAAUAAUGAAUAUAAGAUUAAUAAAAUCGCAAUCCUAUGGACUUUUAUACCUGAUAUAACAUUUUCGUGGUAAUACAAAUACAUUUUAUAUGGAAUGCUUUUCUUUACAGAAAAAUAUUGCUGUAUGAUGAUGUAGGGAAUAUCUAUAUGUAUGUUCAAGUACUGGUUAUUUAUUAGUUGCACAGAAAAAUAGUAAAGAUCGCACCGAAAUGUUCUAAAAUUAAGAGCCCAUUUAUUGUUAUGUUGAAAUUAACUGUAUUACAUUACGGGUGUAUUGCAUUUUGCCGACAAUCAAAAUCAUGAAAUUUACAAUACCGACAAUUCAAAAUACAGACAGAAAAAAUUUUAAAAUAACGGGGUGUUCAGAGUUUUUCCGCGUCAAACUACAACUACAAAAAAAUAACCUUGGUCUAUUCAACACUGGGGAGUUCAGAGGUACUUCGAGUCGAACUACUUGCUGCAUUUUUCAAAAAUAUUUUAUCGUGUCUGUAUUUUGAUAUGUUGUGUAUUUAAAUUUUGUCAGUAUUUUGAUGCGUCGGCAUUUAUAAAAUGGGCGCGGCAAACAUUGUACGGAAAGUGAAAAGAAAACUAUUAUUAAAUUAAGAAAAUGGCGACAAAUUAUUCGUAAAAUAGCGCAUUAUGUCCGCUUACUCCAAAAAUAUGGUCUGUAAUGCCUUUAAAACACUCGUAAAAAGUGAAAAAAGAGGACGAAAACGUAAAACAACGGCACAGUUUGACCAUUUGCUGGUAAUGCAAUCGAAGAAUCCAUUUUUAUCGUCUGAAAAUAUUAUAUCAAAAAAUUACUGAACGAAUCAGUAACCAGUCGCACACUUACAAAUCAACUUCGGGAAGCUGGUCUAACUGGAAGAAGUGCAAGAGAAACUCCGUUUUUAAGCAAACAAAAUGCUUCGUGGAAAUUUAAAUAACGUCCUGUGAUCGAAUGAAACGAAUGUUAAUUUGUUUGGAUCUGAUGCCAAAACUUUUGUACGACGACCUCGAAAUGCAGAAUUUGACCCCAGAUAUAAACGAAAAACAACUAAACCAGGAAACGGACCAAUAAUAUUAUGGGGAUUCUUUUCGGCGGUUGGAGUUGGGCCGAUUUAUUAGAUACAAGACAAAUGUGUUCAACAGAUUCUCUAAACAUUCUUAAUACUGUAAUGUUGCCUUAUGAGGAGGAGCACAUGUUACUAAAACGGCAGUUCAUGCAUAACAACGUCCCAAAACAUGCUUCGAAACUGGUAAAAUCGUGGUUUCAGCGAAAUAAAGUCGACGUUAUGGAAUGGCCCUCCCAGUCGCCAGAUCUCAAUCCCAUAGAACAUCUAUGGGGAGUGCUGAAGAAAUCAGUCGGUGGAUAAAAAUGGAAAAAUAAGUACGAAUUGUGACGAAAAGUCCAAGAAGUAUGGUAUUCAAUACCGGCCACGACUUGCACUAACCUUGUCAACUCCAUGGCACGAAGAUGUCAGGAGGUGGGUAAAAUGAAACGAGCAUCAACAAAAUAUUAGAUCUGAAUAAAAGAAAAGUAAUAAUUAAAUAAAAAAAACACCCAAAAUUAAUUAAUGUCUGCCCCUAUUUUUAUUUCCAGGCUGUAAUACAAAAUGUAUCCGUAUUCACUUUGUAAACUCAAAUAAACCUUAAAUAACUACUCAAAUGUUAAUUAAUUAUCUAAAUUAACGAUAAUAUUUAAAAGAUUUCAUUGUAUAUCCUUUAAUUGAAAUAUAUAAUUGAAAAUUUUAAACGUACCCUUUGACCCUAUAUUUUUUGGCAACACUGUAUGUAUGUAUGAAUUAAUAUUACAUUAUUAACUACCUUCAACUUUACUUAUAAAUCUUUAGUUGAACUAGUUAGUCAUCGCAUUUUUCCUGUUCUGGAGAUGGUAAUCUUGAUAUUUUUACUAGAUUUUAAUUUGCGAUUUUCGAAAUGUAUCAGUCUCAUAUUUUACUCAAUUAUGGACCAGGCACAAAUAAAAAGAAUUGUAAAGCUGUGUGGUUCGAUUCCAAAAAAAACAUCAAUUUAUAUUUUUUUGGUGAUUUGUGUAAUCAUGGUGAAGCAAAUAUGAUACAAAUAAUUGUAUGCAAUGUUAAUUGCUUCCUUUUUUCUACAAAAAUUUUAAAUGUAAUAAAAUACUACCACUUGAUUAAAAUAUUUUCCUAAUGAUCUAAAGUAAUUUUUUUUUUAUUUAAGCACACUUCAAAUAUAGCAAUUAUUAAUUUUAGACCAAGGACAAAUAAUUUUGAGACGGCGAAGGCCGCCAAUGCAAAAAAUAGUUCCUCUGAACACCCCGGUGUUGGAUCGACCAGGGUUAUUUUUUUGAACACAAACGUACACACUUAUUCGUUAUAUUAAACAACUGUUGGCUAUUCUUCGUUCUAGUUCACUUUCAGAAUAUUUAGUUGAAUAUCUUUAAUGUAGCCAGCAAAUAAAAUUGCUAUAUUUUACAUGUUUAAAGAACUCUUAACUUUCAACAAAGGAAUCCUUUGUCGUUAAAGUGUUGUUUCUGUGUGGCACGUUGUUAGAAAGCGAAAUUCAAAAUGUGUCUAGUGUUUUAUUUUUCCUCUUUGCGAAAACACUACGCUAAAUAUCUUUAUCAAUACUGAUAUCUUAUGCUAAAAUUUCUUAUCUACCAUAAAUACUUCAAUCAACUACUUAUAAUUUUACAAUAAACAAUUACAUACAAAUAUACAAAAGUUUGCACGUCCACCGAAGGUUUGAGCUCUCUCAUACUACUUGCUAACUUAAAAAGUACUUUACUACCUAGGAGACAGUGUGCCUUUUAGACAUCCAAACUGAAAAAAAAUUAAUACACAUUUUUUUGUUAAGAUGUAGAUAGUUUUAAUGUGUCCACAAUAGUUUUGUUUUAAUUUAUCUAUUUUCGUUGUAAAUAAUUAAUUACUAUUUAACAUAGCGAUAAUAACUUGAGCUACUUGCAUUGAUUUCCAAAAGCUCACAUCCUCUGCCACCAAUAAUUUUUAUAUAAUUCUCAUUAAUUCAUUGACAUACAUAAUUCAACUAAUUGCUAUGUGUUACACGGAUAUAAUUAUAAUAAAGGAAAUAUAAAACAAAACCGCAAAGCCAAUAUGUGUGCGAAAAUAAAAAAGAAUGCAACAAUGUUUAUGUAAAAUGAAAGAGAAAAUUUACAUACAUACAUAUGUAUACACAAAAAUAUGUAUAUGCAAACUGUUAUGAGUGUUUAUUUUAUGACAGGUUUAUUUAUCAAUAUGUUUGAAAAAAAAAAACUAAGUGAAAACGGGCACCAUAAGCCAAGAGGUGAAUGAAGGCCCACACCAAAGAUCAAAACAAAGCACAAAAACACAAACAAUAACAAAACUUCAUAUCAUUUAACUUUUACUCUUAAUUUACGCAGUUUCUUAAAAAUGUAUCUGCUAUUUUUGCUUUGACUGGUUUUGUGGAGACACAAUAUAAAGUGGCAUAUUUUCGCUUAACUGAACUCUGCGCUGAUAAUCGAUUUGACAGCAUAUUUGCAUACAAUUCAUUUCCAAGGAAGAAACUGAUAUCGAACACUUGGAGCAACGGCUUGAGAAAAUAAUCAAACUCUGCACUGUAGCUGUGGACUCAGGCAAGGAGUAUGUCAAGAAUCAGAGCGCCUUCGCCAUGUCCUUAUGGGAUUUGCAGCAACAUUUUGCCGAUAAUAAGAACGCGCACAAUGCUUUGGGCAAACUGAUACACUGUUUUCAGGAAAUGAACAAGUUUCAUACCAUUCUAUUGGAUCAAGCGAGUCGCACGGUUUUGAAGAACCUCAAAGUAUUCGUCAAAGACGAUAUCAAUCAAGUUAAGGACUACAAAGGACACUUCCUUAAAGUAUCCGAGGGUUACGAUAAUGCGCUCAUAAAAAAUGCACAGGCAAGCAAGAAUCGCCCGCAAGAAGUACAAGAGGCAGCUAACAUAUUAUCAGCUAGUAAAUCAUGCUUUCAACACACUGCAUUAGACUAUGUAAAUUAUAUAACUUUAGUACAAUCGCGUAAGGUUCCAUCGAUUUUAUCAACGCUUGUCGACUACUAUCAGGCUUGCGUUACCUACUACCAUCAAGGUUUCGAUUUAUGCAACGAUUUUGAUGAAUUCUUCAAAAAUAUAACGGAAGACUUGAAUUGUUUACGCGGUGACUAUCAACAAUUAGAGAAGGCGAUGCAAAACCGCCACAUGAGUGUGAACAAUUUUAGUGAUACAAAUACGAAUAGCACUUCGAAUAAAAUCGAAGGCUAUUUAUUUAAGAAAAAGUCGAAAGGAUUCAAGACAUGGUGCCGUCGCUGGUUCUAUCUGAGCAAUAAUCAGCUAGUCUAUAGUGAUUUGGAUUCGAAUUGCAGAAAACGCAGUAAUGAGGAUUCAUUCUCCGUUAUGGAGGAGGAUUUACGCAUUUGUACAGUGCGUCCCGUCAACGAUGGCGAUCGUCGCUUCUGCUUCGAAGUUAUUUCGCCCACAAAAUCGCACAUUUUGCAAGCAGACUCCGCUGAUAUGUUGUCGCUGUGGAUUUCAGCGCUGCAGAAAAGCAUUGGCGCUGCUAUACAGCACGACAGCCAACAUUCCAGACCACAGUCGUCGCUGGCGACGAAUGCACUCAAUGCGAAGCGGAAAAUGUACGCAAGUAUUUGUGCUGAAAGGAAAAUUGCAUAUGAUUUUAAUGCUUUAACAUUAUCUAACUCCAGUCACUGGGAGCAAUUCCUUAAAAUUCCCGGUAAUUCGCAGUGCUGCGAUUGUCGCGGCUCCGAUCCGCGUUGGGCCUCUAUCAAUCUGGGCAUAACGCUGUGCAUCGAAUGCUCCGGUGUGCAUCGCAGUCUCGGCGUGCACUAUAGCAAAGUGCGUUCGCUCACACUCGACGCCUGGGAGACGGAGAACGUGAAGGUGAUGAUGGAAUUGGGCAAUAAUGUGGUGAAUCGCAUUUACGAAGCGCGCAUCGGCGAGAAUUGUGAACUGAAAGCGGCCACAGAGAAUUGCGAUAUUAGUGUGCGCGAGGCGUGGAUCAAGGCGAAAUAUGUGGAGAAGCGUUUCGUGUGUGCCAUGCCGAAACCGCAAGAACUACUUGCCAGCGAAACCGCUGAAGUGCUCUCCAUUGAUAGUGGCGGUGACGGUGGCGGCGGCGGUGGUGUUGUUGGUGCUGAUGCUGAGGAACCCCGUAGUUUGAGUAAGACUACAACACUUUCGUUGGGUGCACGCAAGUGGGCGGUCAAGAAAUAUCGCCGACGCCGACAUCGUGACAGGCAUCGUUCUAGUUCAAAGUCUGAUGAUGAUGACGAGUCGAUAAAUCUUCCUUCGCUCUCGUUGAGUAUUUCACGUGAAGAUUUGAUGUUAAUCGGUGAUGAUUUGGCGUUAGAAUCGGAUGAAACGCCCGCCAUUCUCGGUUCGGAUCAAGAGUCCACCGAUGGCGAAAUCGAACCGGAAAUAUUAGAUGAGGUGCCCUUUUCCAAACUCGAUGCGAAUCUCAUGUUGUACAAAGCGGCGGCAGUGCAUAAUUUGCCUGUGAUGUGCAUGGCCUAUGCUCUGGGCGUCAACAAACACUGGAAGAAUCCGAACGAUCACAAUCGCACAUAUUUGCAUCAGGCGGUACUGUCGGGUUCAGUAAUGGCAUGCGAGUACUUAUUGUUGAAUGGCGUGCCUAUUGAUGCGGCCGACGAUAACGGCGAGACGGCGUUACACAUGUCCACCGCACGGGGUUACAUAGCGCAAGUGUAUUUGCUGCUUAAACACAAAGCCAAAUAUGACACCGAAUCGCAUGAGGGCAAAAAACCGCUCGACAUAGCGGUGGAUCAACGCAAUGCGGACAUUGUGACACUCUUGCGUCUGACGCGCCUGAACGACGAGAUCGGCAUGAAUGACGAAGGCAAUGGCGAAGAUGAAACCUAUAAGGAUGUUAUGAAAGACUUUUCCAAUUUUGCAUCAAGUCAACCACGCAUGUUGCGCAAUCGCAACGACACCAAUACACUCGAAUCACAACGCUCUUCCCUCACCAAUUCGGAUUAGUCCGAACAGCAAAAUGUGUCGAUUACAAAAAAAUAAUUAUUAAAAUAAAUAUAUACAUAUAUAUGUAUCUUUAAUGCAACUGCAAGCAGGCAUAGCGGAGUGCACUCGAACAUUGAAUGAAAAUAACAAAAAGAAAAACUAAAAUACGAUUAUUGGAUAAACAAAUAUUAGCCGCUUUUGGUGUACACAUACAUACAUAAAAUUAAAUUAAACUACUGAACUUAACACAAAAUAUGACUGUCUACAUGUAGGCGUGCGUCGUUGAGCACAAUAUACAUACAUCUAUUAAAGUAUUUUGAAUAUUUGUACCUACUAUAUUACGUAUACAUAUACAUAUACAAACAUAUUUAGCUGCGUAUAUAUGUAUGCACAUAUUUCGCAUGAUCAACAUACAUACCAAAAUACAUAGCGCUGUAGCGCAAUCAAAAAAAUAAUGUAAAAAAAUAUGAAUUUAGACAGUUUUAUAUUUCGUGUCAUAGUUCGUCAACUGCUGACUUGUUUCAAGUGUAAAGUGUACAAACAAAAUAUUUGCGUGUUUAAGAAGAUUUUUGCCAAAAUUGUUGCUAUUUUUACUAUUGUUUUAGGAGAUAUCUGUAACUGAUAACUGUAAAUCUCUAUUGUUCGUUGUUAUUCACUGAAAAAUAUUUGUUGCAUUCAUAUUUAGUAAGUUCAAUUGCCUCAUGCAUUUAGUUAAACGCUUGUGCAGACAUGUAUUUUAUUGAAGAAAGUAAGAGAUAUCUUAUUCAAAGAAUGAGAAAACCAAUUGAUAAGAAAAAACUGAAGUAUUUACGAAAGCAUUCAAUAAAUCACACUUUUCUGACUUCCACUAGUUAAGUUAAAUAUUUAAAAUAUUGUAUGCAUGUCAUUUAUUAUAAAUUUAUUUUGUGUUUUGUUUUCCAUUAUUGUUUGGUUUUUGUUUUUCAUAAGAUUAUUCUAAAAAUAUCAGAAAUUUGUUCUAGCAAAAGUAUUGCGUAAGCCCUGUAAUUGUAUGAGUUUCUCAAAUUUACAAUUUUUGCAUUGUUGUACGAAUAGUUAAUUAGGAAUUUCGCCUAAGCUACAUAUUUAUAUACAUAUACAUACAAGUAAAUGUUUCAAAUAUAUUGUAA